GUGGCGCUAAUGCGACACUUUGUAGUUUGCCAGCCACUAAAAUCAAGAAGAAGAAGUAAUCACGUGAUUAUGUUUUUUUAAUCUCCCUUUCCAGAUACUGAGGGUUAUGUUUUUGUUUUAAAGUCGUUCAAAGUCAUCUCCCUGCAGUCGUCGAGCGGUCUCGAUACCUCGAUAGCUGCCAUGGCCGAUGAUUUGAAACGAUAUCUUUACAAACAGCUGCAAAGCAUCGAAGGUCUUCAUGCUAUUGUGGUCACUGAUAGGGAUGGUGUCCCGGUUAUUAAAGUUGCCAAUGACAAUGCCCCAGUUCAUGCUUUGAGACCUGGCUUCCUGUCUACGUUUGCUCUGGCCACUGAUCAGGGCAGCAAACUGGGCCUUUCUAAGAACAAGAGCAUCAUCUGCUAUUAUAAUGCCUACCAGAUUGUGCAGUUCAAUCGGCUACCACUGGUCAUCAGCUUCAUUGCCGGCAACACUGCCAACACAGGUCUCAUAAUGAGCCUGGAGAAAGAGCUGGCUUCACUAAUAGAGGAGCUGAGGCAGGUGGUGGAAGUGACUUAAAGCUGUGACAUAUCAGCUGCACAGUCACAUGAUCUGGAUCACACCCUGCUCACCUUCAUGCUCUCAGUACUUCUGCAUUCAUGUCUUUAACAGAUCUGACUAAAUUUAAGACCUGUGCAUAUCUUGCUGUGUUUUUCUGUACACCUUUGUGCCAUUAACGGAUAUUUCUUGUAGAAUUUCUUGUCUGAUUAAAUCUGUAAUUAUAAGCAAUUAAAAAUGUCGGGGUUUUUUUUUACAACUAGGGUUAAAUUUUGUAUUUUAUUUUAUUAAUUGUUGGAGUUGAACCUUCCUUUUUUUGGAGGGUCUUGCUUUAAGCAUUUCAUGAUAUUAGUUGUGCACUGCUGUAACAGUGCUGUAUGUAUGAUGGGAAAAGGAUGCAGAGAAUAUUUAGAUGUGAUUUAUAUCAUUUGAAAAUGUAAAUAUGGUAUUUAAAAAAAAAAAAAAUCUCUAAAAAAAACUGGUUAACAACAAGCUAACAUUCAAUUAACACAUUCAGGUUUGCAUUUUUAUUGCUUCAAUGUUCAUGUAAAUGCUUUCAAAUGUUUAUUUUUUUGUGCAAAAUUCAGUUCAAUUUUUUCUUUAAAUCACAAUUAUCAUAAGGUGCUUUAUGAAAUGGGGAAAACCCCCAAGCCGUAAGAACCAGUGCCUUAGGUUCUGGCCCACCGUCUGACACUUUAAUGUUUUGUUGGCAUUGUUGUCCAAGUCUCUGGAACUCAAGUGUUCAAACGGCAAAGAAAUGUUACAAGGUAUCAUUACGAAAGAGCUUAUGGAGAAAAAAAUGGUAAAAACAAUUUGGAUGUCCAAAAAAAGUGUGGACGAAUAAGAACGUUAACAGAUUAUUCUGCUUCACUUUAAUGGUAAAGAGAUUCCAGGGGGUACAUAGGCCUACUAUGUGCUGGGUUUAUGAGCUGUCCAGUUAGGAUAUAUUCCUAAUGUGCUACAGUUAUGAGAGAUCUGGUCUAUUGCAGCAAGAACGUUCGGUUAACAACUCUUGAGUUUGUUAACCCUGAGAUGAGUGAAACUCGAAAGUUUUCUGGACCAGGAAGAGAGUUAACUUUGACAGUUACCAAGGUAGAAGACUGAACGUCACCUGCUCUCGUUCAGGUUUUCUUUAACAGUUUCUUUUUCUGACCCUUUUCUCCCUUGCUACUGACCCUAAACCUAAACUGACUGAUACACCAGUACAUUUCUUCUUUCACAAAGUCACUGAUGAAGCUUCAAGAGGAGAGAAGUAAUCUGCAGAAGUUUAAGCCAGACAUUAAUAUGUUUUUGUACUUACCAUGUCCACUUUUACAGUCAUUCAGGCAUCCUAAUGUAAGGUUUGAGACAGUGAUCAUGUUGCAGAUUUAUUAUCACUUUCAAUGGGUGAAUGUAGCAUGUUGUAUAGUACUCCGGGAGUCCAUUUACCAUCAAUAAUCAAUGAUUUGGUUGGUGUGUUGGAAUCGAUCAUGCUGAUGGAAAAAGUUGAAACUUGGAGAUGAUGUGAAUAUUUGAAUGAAGCUGAAAGGACUUUAACUCCUCAAUUUAUUUAUAUUAAAAAAUGUAAUUAUUUGUGUUUUUGCUGUCAAACAUGCUAAAUUAAGUGAAGAUUGAAUUGAACUUAACAGAAGGUUAAAUUGAACAUAAGUGGCUCAAAUAGAUACAAAUUUAGGUAUGAUGCAAAUUAGCAAUAUUCAACAUAAAUGGGAUGAAGUAAUUUAACAAAUUUUCAAGUACUUUAUUUAUGUUGCUAUGCAAAAAAUGAUUUUAAAAACUAUCAUUACUGCUAAUUGCACGUAAACCAGUUUAACAAAAAACUACUAAAGAAGUUAAAAAAAUGUAUCCAAACUGUUGUUCUACCUACCAGGCCGUUCACACCUUUGCAAAUGUGGCAGGCAAAGGCAUCCUUUAAACCUGGGUGUCAGUCAUUACUUUAGUGCAUAUGGUCUUUGCAAGCUCAGACAGCUGGUUUAUUGUUUAGGUCUUAGAAGUUCUAAUUUGCUUGUUUGAGUUGGUUCACUGACCUAUUGAAUGACUUAAGUGUAGGAAGACUGAAAUUGUGGAAUUUCUAAAUGUUUUUCCUGUAUCUGUGUGUGGGGCAUCCAAGUUUUCUUUUUAAAAAUAUCUCUCAGGUAAACUGACUUAUAAUUUGUAUCCAUGUGUGUAAAGACUUCAAGAUAAAUGACCUUGCUUUAGCUCUUUUUCCAUAUCAAAACUCCAUAAAGUCAUCCUCCGAGAUGGAACCGAUGUUUCUGGAGAGCCAGUAAUGGGAACCUUAGGAAAAUAAAUUUGACUAAUGAUAAAACUUAAA